GGUUUCGUUUAAGCGGGGCUUCCUCUACAGUCAGUCCUUUCUUCAUGGUGUCUCGGGUGUGCGCCUAAAUACUUUCUGGGUAAAAUACAGCAGAUGAGCGCAUGAAAGUGUACUUUGUUUGAAGAUGGUGCUUCUAAGAUACUUGUGGACCGUCAUCUGCGCUGUGUUGAUCACCACAGGAGCCGUUUCAGGUGAAGAUGUGAAGAAAGCAGUGGGUGAUACAGUUAUUUUUCGUCCAGACAAAUUCAUUCCUCUUGUCACCAGCAUCAUCUGGAAACAGAAAAACACUGCUGGAACUGUUGUCAAGGCGAUUGAAUGGGAUGAAGGAGAAAUUCUGAUCCCGAAUCCAAGAUUCAGAGACAUCACAAAAGUUGAUGAGAAGACUGGACAAAUCAAUAUCACUAAUCUAAAAGUUGAACAUAGUGGAGUUUAUACCAUUGACAUCAACAGUAAAGAGCAGGAACAGAGAUUCACCUUGACUGUUAUGGAGCGGGUCCCAAAACCUGAGAUAAAAACACAGAAGAUCAAAGAUAACACUGAUGUUGUGUAUUUGAACUGUGAGUACAGUGAAACGAUCAUCUGGAAGAAUUCUGCUGGAGAAACACUGACGGGUUCACCAAUCACUCCGAAAGGAGAGUCCAUCACAGUCAAAAAAACUGGAAAUCCAGAAACCUUCUACACCUGUACACUUGAUAACGGCGCAAGUAAAGAAACCAGUGAUCCGGUCUAUGAGAGAGAUCUGUUUGAAGAUGAAUCAAAGAGUGGAUCUGGGUUGAUAGUGGGUAUUGUCAUCCUAAUCAUCAUCAUCAUCGCCUGCAUCCUCAUUUUCCUGUAUAUACGCAACGAAAAAUUUAAAGAGCGUGUUAAUGGCUGCUGUACCUGUUUUGGUGGACCGAAAGAUAAAGGUCCCAAGUUGACAGGAGUUAAACCAAACUCCGAGAGUGAGCCUCUCAAUGAAAAUGCAAAGGUUGGAGGACAACAAGAAGCAAACAAUGUUAAAGAGGGAGAACUGGAAAAUACUCCAGCAGAGACAGCAGAUGAUGCUGAGUUGGAAGAAGUUAAAACAAACCCAGAGAAUGAGAAUCUGAAUAAAGAUGACAAAAUCAGUGAACCAAAAGCUGCAGCAUAAGUAAUGAUGAAAUGAACAACUCUGCUUUUGUGAAAGAAAGAGCAGAGUUUGGCGAAACUUCAACAAAACAACAGAAUGAUGAUUUUUCAUCUUAUCGGCUUGCAAAUUUUCUUUCACAAGGAUGAUCUUUGUUUUUCAAAAAUGAGCAGCAAACUUUGUAUGAAUGAAAUUAGUAUGUUAAAAUGACAAGUUUUCAACUUUUCAUGUAUUCAUAAAUCAGUCCUCAGUUUAAUUGCUACAAUGUAUUCACACUGCAGGGGAUUUAUUUUUCACAAGUCUGAGCUUUUAACUGGAUUGUCCGCACUGUUAUUUGCAGUUGGGUCUGUGUGUUGUUUGUGUCAUUUUCAGCAUUUCUGUGUUAUCUGCAUUUGUUGGUUUAGUAGGAAUGUCUUGCCGUAACAUUUUGACAAGUCCUUGAAAUAGAAGUGACUUCCAGGAGCAAGCUGGCAGUAUGAUGAGAGCUUAGUGAUAUGUGCAGAUUUGUCCCUUUACACCCCUUUGUGGUGGUUGUUGUGGUAUCCCUUACAUACUUCCUUCUUGGACCUACAAGGACACAAGUUUCCACUGGACAAUCUGUGGAAAGCUGUGGGUUUAAAUGCAGUGGUGACAAGUUAUCUCUGCCUGAUUUGAGAGCAGCAGUCAAAGGGAUGCUGUAGGGAGAUGAUUUUCAUCAUAACACCAUACUAUAUAUCAGAUUACUAAUCAAAUUUGAAUUGGUUGUGUGAAAAAAAAAAAAAAAAAAAACCCUGAUGUAGUCAAACAUGGCCAAAGAUCAACAUAAGUGAUAUGAAAUUUUUAAAUCUAAAUUAUAUUGAUUCUCACAACUUGCAUGGAAGUGUUUGUAACUAACAUGUAAAUAUGUCUGUAUUUAUGUCAUUUUUUUAGGAUGUUACAAAUACGCAAAGCCUGUUUACACUUACACCUCAUCUACAUUGGGCACAUCCAUUGAAGCAAGGCAUUGCAGUGGCUUGAGGCUGUCAUCACAGAUUUGGGCGCAUGAUUCAGAUCAGGAUCGUCCUUUAGGCCCCGAUAUACUCACUGCAAAGUUCGCGUUCAUUCUUCGCUUAGGAGUAAAAAAGUUUGUAAUAUGUGAGCAAUGAUAAACUAUUUGCGAACAUCCUGACGCCGUCCACACUACUGAGAGCGUAGCGGAGAUGUUUGCACCAGCUCUGCAAUUCAGCACUUUAAACAAUAAACAGCUUUAAAGUAUUAAAGAUGAAAACCAGAGUCUGCUGUUUAAAGUAGAAUUACAAGUUCUACAAAGUGAACCCUCAACUAUCACAUCAUUGCUGUAGACCAAUGGUAGUUCAAAGGCAUUUACUAGCCAGAAUGAACUAUACCCAGAAAGUCUGUUUUGGCUGUGUCAGACUUUGGAAACGAACUUCGCUUUGGUUUAAUUUUGUUCGAAAUUACAUCAUACCAGUUCGUUCUUCAAUUUCACUUGAAGUAUAUCGGGGCUUUUAGGGCAGUGCAACUGAUGCGACUGCACUGAGCCCCGUGCUUUAGGAGACCCCGUGGCGAUUGCUACCGGGAAGGCGAUUGUGAAUGGACCGAAUGGCGAGGGGGAACCGCUUAACUCAAACGUGCCCACCCAAAGCUUGUGAUGGCUCUGGUCCAAAUCUAUUUGCAUUCAGAGUUUGCUUUUGAUGUGACGUGUCCAGUGUAGACAAGGGUGUAUGUGUAAAAUAAAGGGUAGAUUCUAUUUACACUGAGUGUAAAUAGCUGUAUAUACUGUUUGUACCAAGUAUAAAUAGCAACAAAUAGCCCUUAGUGACAGCAAUGGUAGUCACAUAAAGUGAAGCAGUUGUAAUAUGCUGUUUGUACUGUUGGUAAAUUGAGUAGUGGUGGGUGGAGUUAGUAAAAUAGGUUUUGUGUUUGCACUCAGUGUAAAUAGAAAGUGCCAUAAUUAAAUAGAAAUGUGCUAAUAAAUUGGCAGGAGAAACAACUCUGAUACUGAGAAACAAUCAAAUCAAAAUUUGUGCUUAAAAAUGAUGGCAUACAAUGCAAAACCUUGCUGAUUGCUGUAUUGUUUUGAACGCAUUCUUUCUGAUUCUUACUAUUGAGCCCUGAAUGCUAUUCAAAUGUAUUUUAACACAUUCAUUUUGUUUUUUUGUUUUUUUGUUUUUUCAAUAAAGCCAUAUGUAUACUUUUUAAUUAUAAUAUUAGGAUUCAAAGGAAAACAGGAAAAUGUCAUUUUAGGUCAAGUUUUGGUAGCUUUUGCAAUUCUAGUUGCAAUUGUAGUUUGUGCCUUGUUCAUUUUGGAAUUUUAAGAAGAUUCAAAAGCAUGACUCUAGAAUGAUGAUACAUUUUCCCAUUCAAGGCCCCUCUGCUUUUUUGAGCCAACUGGGGAACUCCCACAUUGCUUGGACUUUUAGCUUGGGUGUGGUUUUGAUUCACUCAUAACUCACUCAUUAUAUCAUAGUUAUCGUUUUUGGUUUAAUAGAUUGUACAUGGUCACUGCUAAAGUAAACUUUAAGUAAACAUCUUUUUGUAUCUGCUAUUUUAUUAACAGUAGUGUAAUAUAUUCUGCUUUUUCACUUUUGUUCAAAAUACAAAGUUUCUGCUUUCAUAUCAUGCAUCUUGUAUUUUUAAUGUUAGUUUGUUGGGGGAAUCUAAAAGGCAGGAUCUAAAAGUGCUCCAGUAACUGAUCAUAUUGACAGUGAGGAGCUCGUUUGAUGGACAGUAAAGGGUGUGGAGGGUGUAGACUUCCUCUUUGAGGUUUGUAAGAUACAUACAUUUAUUUUGUUUUGAUACACUGUAUUUAAAUGUAUAAAAAUUGCAUCCCUGAAUGGCAUGAAAUCUAUUUUGCUGUGUUUCUUUCUUCAAAAAAGGAACUGCGGACAAACACUAACCCAACAACUGUUGAUUAAGGGAUAAAAAAAAAGAAUUAAGGAAGUUCUCAGAUCACCAUGCAACAGUGAUUUCCUGGAAACUGAUUCUGAUCUGUGUCCACUGAAUUCUGCAGUUUUGAGUUUUGAACAACUUCUAUUAAUAUAUAGUUAAUUUAUUUUACUCUAUUCUUUCAAUGUAUUUUAGGAAGAAGUAAAUUAACUUUUGCCAUUAUUUUAAAAUUAUUUUUUGCUUGUGUGAAUUACCAUUCAGCCUGGUCAUCUCAAUAUAUUACAUAAUAUUCAAACAUUGCAAGUGGAUUUUGAGUGGGAAAAUGCCUGAUAAUGGGUCAGUUGUAACAACCAUUAAAUAACAAUGUGCAUUACGUUUGAAUAAAACUGCCAUUGAAUGGUGACAAAAUCAA